AUGUCGAGCAACACCACACUUGUCCAACCGCCGCCUCCCUUAUCACCUACUAUGACUGUAUCUACACAACCACAACCACCAACAACAACACCACAACAUUGUCAAGAAUACCAGCAAAAGGAAAAAGAUAAAUACACUGUCAUUGAUCUUGAAAAGAACGACACCCUGAAUCGAGAAGAAAUCGUGAUUCACUAUCCUGACUAUGACGAGGAAGCUACCAUACAAGCCCAUCAACAUGAUCCUUAUCGAACAACAACAACGUCGUCAACCAAAACAGGCAACGGAUGCUUUUGCAUUCUCACCCGGCUACGACGUUUCCGACGCAAGCAUCGAGAGCUGUUGGCAGAGUUCAUGGGUACAUUGAUCCUCGUGUUGUUGGUGAACGGAGUCUCAGCCGAACAAAUUCUGGAUGUUGCCAAUAAAUCAUGGUUCACAGGUGCUUGUGGAAAUGGUAUGGCUGUAUUAUUUGCUAUCAGUGUUUGUGGCCACAUUUCAGGUGCGCACUUGAAUCCAGCUAUCACCUUGAUCUUUUGGAUCUUUGGAGCCUUUCCAAGACGUAAAGUUCCGGUGUAUAUGGCUGUGCAAAUGGUGGGUGCCUUUACGGGUUCAGCAAUCCUAUACAGCAUCAUUCAACCUGCCAUCAAUCAAUACGAUGGUGGCACGCGUGUGGUACUUGGUGAUCAUGCAACAGCCUCAAUCUUCGCAACCUAUCCACCCGUGUAUGUUGGCAUCCCAACAUCGAUCGCUUCGGAAGUUGUUGGUACAGCAUUGCUAGCAUUGCUCGUUUUGACAACCAGCCAUCCUACCAAUCAACCAUUUCAAUCGAUGCAAGGCUGCAUUAUUGCUAUGGGUGUUACAUCCAUUAUUACAUCCAUUGGUUAUACCUCUGGAUUCUCGCUCAACCCUGCACGUGAUAUUGGUCCUCGUGUCUUUACAGCCGUUGCUGGAUGGGGUAUGGAAGUGUUUACUGCCUUGGAUUAUUACGCUCUCGUACCCAUGUUGGCACCUUUCCUUGGCGCUAUCAUUGGUGGCGUUGUUUACUCCAUCUUUAUUGACCACAACCACGACGACGAUUUAUAA